AUGGCGACUACCACAACAGAGGUCCAUUCCCUCAAGAACGAGCCCCAGGGCCCGCAGAAUGAACCCCCGCCUACAACAAUACAAACCCAGCCGGUUGAGGCUCUCGACACGAACUCUCUAGCAGAGCCAAACUACCCAACGGGCACUAAAUUCUGGUUCACGAUCAUUGCAUUAGCGGUGGUGAUCACGCUCGGGGGUCUAGACACCAACAUUGUCGCUACGGCGGUGCCCAGUAUCACGAACGACUUCCACACUGUCGCCGAUGUGGGCUGGUACGCAUCAGCAUUUCGGCUCUGCUCUUGUGCGUUCCAGUUCGUGUUCGCCAAGAUGUAUAAGCUCUUCUCGAUCAAGAUUAUAUUCUUGCUGAGCAAUGUUAUUUUUCUGGUUGGGUCGCUGCUCUGUGCUACCGCUGCCUCGUCGUUGAUGCUCAUUGUAGGCAGGGCAGUGACCGGCCUCGGCUUCUCGGGGGAGUUGGCUGGCUGUUUUGCGGUUCUGCUGCAUAUCCUGCCACUUGAGAGGCGCCCGGUGUUUAUUGGCUUGAUGGCGUCUGUCGACUUGGUUGCAGCUAUGGCAGCGCCGGUCGUGGGUGGUGCCUUGACGCAGUCUUUGGGGUGGAGGUGGUGUUUCUGGAUCAACCUCCCCAUCGGUGCUCUGUCUCUAACCGCCAUCUUCUUCCUCUUCUCAGACCCAAGAACCCGCCGGGACGACGGCCUCACGGUGGGCCAGAAGAUCAGAGAACUGGACCUGAUCAGCAACUGCCUGUUCAUACCAUCGCUAACAGCGCUCUUCAUCGCCCUGUCCUGGGCGGGCACAAAGUACCCCUGGUCAGAUGGGAAGGUGAUUGCACUAUUCGUCGUGUUUGGUAUUCUACUCGCCGCAUUCGUCUUCAAUCAAUAUCGACGCGGAGACUCAGCAGUGCUUCCUUUCCGUAUCGUCAAAAACCGCAAUGUCAUCGCCGGCUUCAUCUACACGGCCUGCACAAAUUCCAUGACCAUGGUCCUCGACUGGUAUCUGCCAACGUACUACCAGCUCGUUCUAUCUAAGACUACAGGAGAAAGCGGCUACCUGAUGAUCCCCCUCCUCGUUGGGGUUAUGCUAGGACUCAUGCUCCAAGGCAUCGGCACCACCACACUGGGAUAUUACUCCCCCUUUAUGAUCCUCGGCUCGAUAUGCAUGCCCAUCGCCGCGGGUCUGAUGACCACAUACAGCCUCCACGUCUCCCUAGCCCAGAUUAUCCUCUACUCCUUGUUCGCGGGCUUCAGCGGCGGCAUUGGCCUUCAGGGUCCGCAGGCCGCUGUGCAGACGACAGUGAAUGCGGCAGAUGUGAACCUUGCGAUUGGGGUGAUUUUGUUCUCGCAGAGUUUGGGCCCGGCUGUUUUUCUUGCCGUUGCGCAGGUGAUAUUUACGAACCUGCUGGCGGGGAGUUUGAAGAGUAUUGUGCCGGGAUUGACGCCGAAGCAGAUUGAAGAGCUGGGCCUUGGGGAUAUUAAGGAUUUGGCUCCACCGCAUAGGCUGGAUGAAACGUUGGGUGCUAUGGAUAGCAGCCUGACCAGGACUUGGUAUCUUUCUGUUGCGUUGGGGUGUACGACGAUUGUGGGCAGUCUCUUGGUUGAAUGGCGUUCGGUGAAGAGGAAGACGUCAUGA